AUGUCAUCUAUUGCAAUCUCGUAUGGUGAAAAAGGUUCAGUUUUUUGUGGUUUGAAAUCAGAUGGAUUGAAUAUUGUGACAUGUUAUGGAUCUAACUCGGUUAUAAUGUAUGAAACACCUAUGCAUUUUUCGUUUCAUGGAUUAACAUGUGGUGAUGGGUUUGUUUGUGGGCUUUUAAUGGAUUCGAAUCAACCUUAUUGUUGGGGUAAUAAUGGGUAUAUUCAGAUGGGUGUGCCUCAACCUAUGAUUAGAGAAACUCAGUAUUUUGAAAUUCGUGCUGGCGAUUAUCAUGUAUGUGGAUUGAGAAAGGUUAGGAAUAGAAAUGUUUCUUUGGUUGACUGUUGGGGAUAUAAUAUGACUGCAAAUUACGUACUUGAUGGAAUGAUUCAGUCGAUUUCAGUAGGUUCUGCGUUUAAUUGUGGAUUAUUUUCGAGCAAUGAGAGUGUUUUUUGUUGGGGUGAUGAGACUAGCAAUAAGGUGAUUAGUUUCAUUCCUUUGAAAAUGAAGUUUAGAAUGAUUUAUGCUGAAGGGUUUCAUGUCUGUGGAAUCUUGGAAGGGGUGAAUUUGAGAACUUUUUUUGGGGGGAGAAGCUUGAACAUUGAGGAGCAGAUUUCAGCAACAACCUACAUUUUACUCACUAGCCUUAAGAUUCUAAUUUGCUUGCUUCUAAAGAAACAUGCCACUUGUGAUUGGAAGAUGCAUAAGAAAAUCAUCAACUUUUGUCAAAUCACGGGGCACUCGAGUCACAUGAUUGGAAAAUAUGCUGAUGAUUACUUAAGAAGUUGGGGGUUGAGUCAAAUCUUGACCAUAACAGUUGAUAAUGCUUCGGAAAACACCAUUAUGAUUAAGUAUCUCAACAUAAGAAUAAGAUUGAAAGAGAAUAAAAGUUGCAUUAAAAAAAUCCGUCAUGCGGUUAAAUAUGUCAAAUCUUCUCCUAGAAGACUAGUCAAAUUUAUGGAAUAUGCGGUGCAGGAAAAAGUUACAUACAAAGGUGUUGUUAUCCUUGAUGAUGAAGCUAGAUGGAAUUCAACUUAUUCAAUGUUGAAGGUUGCCUUACAGUAUCAAAAAUAUUUUGACUUGCUCUAUGCACGAGAUAAGACAUUUCACGAAGAAAUGGACAAAAUGAAUGAGGGUGUUAAGAAAGAGGAUUGGGCAUAUGUUGCAUCAAUGUUUCCCUUGCUUGAGAUGUUUUACAACUCUAUAAAUCAUUUGUCUGGAUCAUUACAUGUCACUAGUGCUUCAUAUUUGGCAGAGGUAUUCACCAUUGGAAAAGGGAUAAAUAAGAAUUUAAAGAGUAAUAAUGAGCACAUAAAAAACACGGCGAAUAAGAUGAAAGGUAAAUUCAACAAGUAUUAG